GACUUGCCUUGCAAUGCCAUGUUUGUGCAUGUAUUCCUGCCACUGAGGAUACAGGGAGCCUGCCUGCUUUGCUGACUUAUCUGAUGUUUUCUUGUUUCUGUUUCAGCAUUCAGGAUAACUCCUUCAACACGACAGCUUUAGCAGAAGAUGAUGAAAACAAAGAAAAUUAUCCAGACAACACUGCUGUCUUAGACAAAAAGCCUUGGCAAGAUACUCAGCAGCACAAGCAACAGACAGUAAUUGACUAUGUUCUAAAGCCUGAAAUGGGAAACUUAAAGCUAAGAAAACCUAAGCCCAUUGCAAAGCUAGAAAAUGGAAAAAGCCAUGAGGAAAGCCAGGAGCUGGAAAGUGCAUUGCCAGGCCUCUCAGAGCAGCAGGGGAAGUCUGGAUCAUCAGCUAAUGACUACACACAGAACAUGGCUUUAAAAUGCCAAGAAGCAGUUGUAAGAUUGCAACCAGGGAUAAAUCAGAAUGCAGGCAGUUCACCCAAAGAAGCAGCUGAACAACUUAAUGUCUUAAAUGAGGAAGAAACUCCUCAGUUGCCGGCACCCAAGGACCCAGCCCCUUCAUCAGUCCAAACCAGUAAGCAAGCUGAUGGGGCCAGUUGUGGAGAGCCUGUGCCAGCCAACAGAGACUGGCAGAAUGAUAUGGACAGCAGCCCACAAGAACAUCACUCCCUGGGGACCAGUCGAUUGCUGUAUCACAUUACAGAUGGAGACAAUCCUCUCUUGUCACCACGCUGCUCUAUCUUUAGCCAAAGCCAGAGAUUUAAUCUAGACACAGAGUCUGCCCCUUCUCCACCAAGUGCUCAACCUUUCAUGAUGUCAAGAAGUUCUUCUAGAUGUAACUGUGAAGAGUGUAAAGAGCCACAAACAAUAGCACAACUUACCAAGCAUCUUCAGAGUCUCAAGAGAAAAAUUAGGAAGUAUGAAGAAAAGUUUGAGCAAGAAAAAAAAUACCUGCCUUCUCAUGGUGACAAGACUUCCAAUCCAGAAGUCCUGAAAUGGAUGAAUGAUUUGGCCAAAGGUCGUAAGCAGCUCAAAGACCUGAAACUCAGAAUGUCAGAAGAGCAAAACUGUACCUCUAGAGAACCCCAAAGAAAUGAUUGUGAAAACACUGGAACUUCUAAAGAGGAUGAGACACAAGAAGCCACAAGCAUGGAACCAGCUCCCUCAGUAGAAGAAACCAUGGACAGUGUCUUUAGGCGAUUAAAGGAGAAAAGACAGCACUUUAACCUUCCUGAGGCUAUUAAGGAUAUGACAAAAAAGCAAAUGGCUUUGGAAAAAAUCAAUCUUCAGAAAUGUCUGCUAUAUUUUGAGAGUAUUCAUGGAGAAUCUGUAACUAAGCCAGAGAAGAGUCUCAUGAAACCUCUUUAUGACAGAUACAGAAUUAUCAAGAAGCUGCUUGCAGCUCCAUCUCUGAUCACAACAAUUCAGGAGGAGGAAGAUUCAGAUGAAGACCAUUCUCAGAGCAGCCAUGUGUUCUCAUCUGGUCCAAUAUCUUGCCUCCCUGUGGAGGAACACUUGUGUUACUCUCAGGAGGAGAGUGAGCCUCCGUAUGUUUCACCUCUGGAUGAAAAGAAAGUUUUCAAGCAAACAGCCUUGUCAAUGUCCAACUUGCAUGAGGCAACAAUGCCUGUUCUGCUUGAACAUCUCAGAGAAACAAGAGCAGACAAGAAAAGGCUUCGCAGAGCUCUGAGAGAGUUUGAGGAACACUUCUACAAACAGACAGGAAGGAGUCCACACAAAGAAGACCGUGUGCCCAUGGCUGAGGAAUACUCUGAAUACAAGCACACAAAAGCCAAAAUCAGGCUCUUGGAGGUGCUCAUCAGUAAGCAUGACAUUUCCAAAACGAUUUGAAGAGAAUGCAAUGUUGUGGCAUUUUCUAGCAAAAGCAAAC